UACAGUGUACUAACUGCUGCGUGACGGAAUGUUUAUCUAACGUAAACUUUUGGUACGACAGAUGAAAACACCAUCCAAAAUAAAAAGAACGUUAGCCGAAUGUUCAUGAAAUCUCCGUAUUUGGGUCGGUUUCAUUCGAAUUUUCUUUGUAUUUUCAUUAGUCGAUUGUGAACAUCUUUAAAUUACAAUAAGAAAUCUAAUUUUCCUAAUUAAAGAUGAGUUUUAUACAAAAUCUCAGUAAUAAUUGCAAAUAUCAUUUUAUUUACUUCCUUUCCCUGAAAUCCUUAUAUUUACGAAUACGUAUUCGUUUCCUUUUUGGCUAAUUUUAUGUUAACUACAUUUACGUUUUCUUUUCUCUUCAAAUAUACGUGACAUUUUAUACAGACAUAUCUAAAAAAAGAUGUUAAAUAUUGUUCUUAUUAUCUUCACUCUUUAUUAGAGCUUCUUUCUAUGUCUCGGGUUUCUUUGGUGCUCAAAAACGCAGUUAGGAGAUGAAACCUUGUUAUGGACAAAGGUCGUCGUUGUACCACCGUUGAGUUCUCUCUAACCUUUCACUCCCAUAGAAUAUCAUUGGUUAUCACAAUCAGUGCACGAGAUGCUAAUGAUUGUUCUUCCCUACCUUCAUUCAUUGUUUGAAUUUAUCUCUUUGUCCGGUGUUUCUCCUGUGCUAAGAAACUCCAGUAGAGACCAAACCGUUUUAUGGACCAAGGUGGUUGUUGAACUACCAUUGAGUUCUUGUAUAACCGACGAUAAUCUAUGGUUCACUUUGAAAUCCUCAGGAAAGUUGAAUUUGAUUCGCCGUGUGGUUGACGCAAACCCUUUGAUCAAGAAGUUAAUUGUGAUGGGAUGCACGGAGUUAGUUCCAGAAGGAAUCAUUGCAUGUGUUGAAACCUUGAUGAAGAACAAUCAUGAGUUGGAGACACUUCACAUCAAUGGCGUCCCUGGCUUCACUAAAGACCAUCUCUCAUCACUUUCGACUUACCUUCCUCAAGAGGGAGCAAUCGACCUCGAGGUGUGUCCCAAAUGCGACCAAGUCAGGAUGAUUCGUCCUUGCUCAAGAGAAUCUUGUAAACGUGAGGGAAGGAAUGAAAGGGAGUGCAGGGGAUGCUGGUAUUGCGUCCCUAGAUGCAUGGAGUGUGCAGUCUGUCUCGGACCAGACACUGAUCAGAUUGAAGAAGUAGCGUGUGGGGGAGAAGUUGUGUGUCUUCCUUGUUGCCAAGCGCUUCCAAAGUGCAGGUUCUGCAACAAACCAUAUUGCACAUGCAGGUCACAGCAGCCUGAGGCAAGAUAACACCAUGACUGAUGCAACUAUGUUUGUAUGCCAAGCUUGUCACUACAGGACAAGAACAAGCGAAAAAGAACCUCUCAACUAUCAAUUUGAAAACCCCUUGUCGUUUUAAACCAAAGCCAUGCUUGCAACCAAGCCUAGAAGAUUUGGACAUUCAUAUCUAAAAACAUUUGUUGUUCUCUGCAUCUUUUUUAUGUUCUUAAAUGAAAACCUUGGAUUAUGUAAAAACCAAAGAUACAUAUUGUGUAAUAAAUUAAAAAGAAAAAAAGUGUUCAACAUAGAAAACAAUUACUAACAACAAUGACUAUAAAAUUGAUUGAAUAUAAUACUUUUAGUGAACUCUUCUUGAAGGAAAAAAACAACAAAACUGGGUAGAUGUUUAAACAAAUACACUGAAUAAUUUUUUCACUCAAGCGUUGCAAAUAACAAGUUAAAAUAAAGAAACAAAAAUGGAGAGAUGUUAUUUUUUUCAGAAUUGCUACAACAUCAUAUUAAUGAAAUAAUCAGUAGCAGCAAGAUGAAUGUUAACUGAAAGAAGCGUGAUGGAGAGGGUACUGAGUGAAACAUCCAGAUGUUGUGGAGUUUGCUGAAUGAAGUGUUGUAUCCAAGUGUGAUUAUUUUUAUCACUGUUUUCUUAUAGCUACUUCAUAAUAUUUAACUUAGAAGUUUACAUGAUCAAAUUCAAUGAUUAUAAUGUAACAAGUGAGUCAACACAAAAGCGGGAAAUUUGUUUCUU